AUGGAGGAUCGGCUGCGACGCGCUGCCGAGGGCAGCGAAAUGGUGCGAGAAGCUGGCGAGGCGACACAGAGGGAGAAGUCAAGGCAGCUCCGACACCUCUUCGGUGGAGGCCCCCAGGUAGAGAUGCUGUCUAGAGCUGCAGACUCCCAGGAGUAUGAUUCUGGAGAGGUAGCCUCAGGAGCUCAGCAGUUGGAGGAGGAAGAUCUGGCAGCAGCAGCUUUGGAGUCUGAGCAUCCGCAGGGAGCUCUCGAUAUCCUGACAACGCAGAUGAUCGAUGAGCAUGUGAGCUCGCCCUCCGUGAGUGCUAGAGUCCAGUUGUGGUCUGAGAGUGAAGCCUCUCAGAAGACUGUGGCAGCUGAGUCUGCAGAACUUCGAGCGGCUGCAAGGAAAGUGAGGAAAGUGAAGCAAGAAGCAGAGGCUGCUUCUGAGGAAGAGAAGGACCCGCCGCCAAUGCAGAUGGUGCAGGCUCCUUCACUGCGUCUGGGACCGGUCGCUAAGAGAGAGGCUCUGGAACAGGAGCUGGGCCCGGUGGCUGCGGCAGCCUGCAACUUCGCUGCCGGGUUCGUGACACAGCAGCUGACAGCAGCUCACGAACGGGAGCUCAGUCGGCAAGCCCAGUGGCACCAGCAGGAACUCGAGCUCGCUGUCCGCCUGGCGAAGUCCGAAGCGGAAAACGAGGUCCUGAGGAAGCAGAACGAGACUCUUCUCUCGAGAGUCGGCGCCGCCCCGUCCGUGCCACUUCCGCAAGUCGCGGCACUGCUCCCCAGAGACGAGGUCCUGGAGGUGAAAGAGGAAGAGGCGGCUCAGGAAGAGCCACCGCAGGAAUUCGUCUACAGAACCUGCGAAAUGGCGGCAGAGCCGCCAUACUCUGUUCUGAGGCUCUUCCUCGAGUUCGCCUACGGGCAAGUGGCAGCCUCGGAUAUGGCUCGGCAGUCACUGCCGGCGGCGAUCGAACAGCAACUGCGGCAGUUCGAUGACAUCCCAGGGGGCCGACUCCUCAUGCCUGGCCAGUUGAAAUCCUCACUGGAUUUGGACCUGCUUCCCGUACACCCGGAGUUCCUGCGACUCCGUGACGUGAGGGACUUCGACGUCCAGGUGCCCGGCCACGACCUCGACACGGCGCUGCACCUGCUCCGGGAAAGCUACUGCAUGCCUUUUUCUUUGCUGGAGUUCUCGGUCCCCUCACGUCUCACCCCUCACUCCUCACUCUCACCCUCACCCUCACUCUCACCCUCACUCUCACUCUCCUCCUUACUCUCCCUCCUCACUCCUGAUUCGCUCUGCUUGGCCAAGGUGAUACACUUUUGCAGCGCACUGCCAUGUCGACGACUUCGCGCCAGAAGACAAAAUCAAGGGGCCACCUCUGAAGCUGCUGGCUCGCUGGGCUCCCAGCAACGCCGAAGACUGGACGUGACGAACAGCGACAACUUUCCUGCACUGGGCGCCAAAGAGAAGCCGCCAGAGCCUCCUGCCCCGGUGAGCCCCGCCACAGACGCGGCGCCACAGCCGCAGGAAGCCCUUGCUCCGGCUGCGCAACCAGCUGCUCCGGCCGCCCCCGCGCUUCCGGGCGAAGUCUCUGCCGGCGACGGUCUGGGGGUUCGUGGUGCGGCCACAGAGGAUGUGGAGCAGUCUCCCAAAGCUCCGGACAUCCAGCAAACACCCUCGCAGGCGAACGUCCGCCUCGCGGCCGAGGAGGCGGUGUCGCCUCCGCCACCGGAGCCGGCCAACGUGCCAAGCGACAGAAAGAAGUCCAAGUUCUGCACCAUCCUCUAG